GCGGCGGCGGCGGCGGCAGGGCUGGCUGGUUUUGGCUGUACUAAUACUACUGCUGAAUUGGUGCAUUAAGGAUUUGCCUUUACCACAUUUCUUUACUUGCCUAACAGACAUUAUGAGGAGACUGGCUUUUCGUGGUGCUGGUUGUACUCUGAAGAAGUUGGAUUCCAUGGGUUCCAAGCGGCGAAGGGCUACCUCUCCUUCCAGCAGUAUCAGUGGAGGAGAUUUUGAUGAUGGUCACCAUUCCACAAACACACCAGGCCCAAGCAGAAAGAGGAGAAGGCUUUCCAACCUCCCAACAGUUGACCCUAUUGCUGUGUGUCAUGAAUUAUACAAUACAAUCAGAGAUUACAAAGAUGAACAAGGGAGGCUUCUAUGUGAACUAUUCAUUAGAGCUCCCAAACGAAGAAAUCAGCCAGAUUACUAUGAAGUGGUUUCUCAGCCUAUUGAUUUAAUGAAAAUCCAACAAAAGCUAAAAAUGGAGGAAUAUGAUGAUGUGAACGUGCUAACUGCUGACAUCCAGCUGCUAUUUAACAAUGCGAAAGCCUAUUAUAAGCCAGAUUCUCCUGAAUAUAAGGCUGCCUGCAAACUGUGGGAUUUAUAUAUACGCACAAAAAAUGAAUUUGUUCAAAAGGGAGAUGCUGAGGAGGAAGAGGAAGAGGAAGAUGGCCAUGACAAUCAAGGGACAAUUUCUGAAAUAUCCUCUCCGGGUUAUUUAAAAGAGAUUCUUGAACAGCUUCUUGAUGCUGUAGUUGUAGCCACAAAUCCAUCAGGCCGCCUCAUUAGUGAGCUUUUUCAGAAGCUUCCCUCUAAAGUGCAAUAUCCUGACUAUUAUGCAAUAAUUAAAGAGCCCAUAGAUUUGAAGACUGUUGCCCAGAGAAUACAGAAUGGAAGUUAUAAAAGCAUUCAUGCAAUGGCCAAGGACAUAGAUCUGCUAGUUAAGAAUGCCAAAACCUACAAUGAGCCUGGGUCUCAAGUAUUCAAGGAUGCAAACGCAAUAAAAAAAAUAUUUAAUAUGAAAAAAGCCGAAAUCGAGCAUUCGGAAUUGACCAAAUCAAGUCUCCGAGCAAGGACUGCAAAUUUGGCUGCUUCCAAGCUGACAGGUCCUUCCUCACAGGGUAAAGGCAAUGUAGUCAAUGAAAGAAAUUCUGCUAAUAAAUAUUACCGUAACAAAAGAGCUGUCCAAGGAGAUCGCUUAUCAGCAAUAACUAUGGCGCUGCAAUAUGGAUCUGAAAGUGAUGAAGAUGCUGUUCUGGCUGCUGCUGCUCGUUAUGAAGAAGGGGAAUCUGAGGCCGAAAGCAUUACAUCCUUUAUGGAUACUGCCAGUCCUCUCUAUCAGCUUUACGAUACAGUUAGAAACUGCCGGAACAACCAGGGUCAGCUCAUAUCGGAACCUUUUUUCCAUUUGCCCUCCAAGAAAAAAUAUCCUGAUUAUUACCAGCAAAUCAAAAUGCCUAUUUCAUUGCAGCAGAUCAGGACAAAACUGAAGAACCAUGAAUAUGAAACACUUGACCAUUUGGAAUGUGAUCUCAACUUGAUGUUUGAAAAUGCCAAACGCUACAAUGUUCCAAAUUCGGCCAUUUAUAAAAGAGUGUUAAAAAUGCAGCAGGUUAUGCAGGCAAAGAAGAAGGAGCUAGCUAGAAGAGAUGAGAUUGAGGACGGGGACAGCAUGAUCUCUUCUGCCACAUCUGAUGCUGGAAGUUCAAAAAGAAAAAGCAAAAAAAACAUAAAGAAGCAGCGAAUGAAAAUUUUAUACAAUGUUGUUCUUGAGGCACGUGAGCCAGGCACUGGCCGAAGGCUGUGUGAGCUGUUUAUGGUGAAACCUUCAAAAAAAGACUAUCCAGAUUAUUACAAAAUCAUCUUGGAACCAAUGGAUUUAAAGAUUAUAGAGCAUAACAUCCGCAGUGACAAGUACUCCGGGGAAGAGGGAAUGAUAGAAGAUAUGAGACUAAUGUUUCGAAAUGCAAGGCAUUAUAAUGAAGAAGGCUCACAGGUAUACAAUGAUGCCCAUAUCCUGGAGAAGAUUCUUAAAGAAAAAAGAAAAGAGUUGGGACCUCUGAUUGAAGACGAGGAGGUUGCUUCCCCAAAACUGAAAUUAAGUAGAAAAACUGGUAUAUCUCCUAAAAAAUCAAAAUACAUGACUCCCAUGCAACAGAAACUUAAUGAGGUAUAUGAAGCAGUGAAGAACUAUACAGAUAAGAGAGGUAGAAGGCUCAGUGCCAUUUUUCUGAGACUUCCGUCUCGGUCAGAGCUUCCUGACUAUUACCUGACCAUUAAAAAGCCAGUUGAUAUGGAGAAGAUCAGAAGUCAUAUGAUGGCCAAUAAGUACCAGGACAUUGAUGCCAUGGUUGAAGAUUUUGUAAUGAUGUUCAAUAACGCCUGCACUUACAAUGAACCAGAAUCCUUGAUUUACAAAGAUGCCCUGGUUCUGCAUAAAGUUUUGCUUGAGACCAGAAGGGACAUAGAAGGCGAUGAAGAUUCCCAUGUCCCCAAUGUGACAUUAUUGAUCCAGGAACUUAUACAUAAUCUUUUCGUCUCUGUCAUGAGUCAUCAAGAUGAUGAGGGCAGGUGCUAUAGUGACUCCCUAGCUGAAAUUCCUGCUGUUGAUCCUAGUUUCCCUAGUAAAGCACCCCUGACUUUUGAUAUAAUACGGAAAAAUGUUGAAAAUAACCGGUACAGAAGAUUGGACCUCUUCCAAGAACAUAUGUUUGAAGUGCUGGAGCGAGCAAGGAGGAUGAAUCGGACUGAUUCUGAGAUUUACGAGGAUGCAGUAGAACUACAGAUGUUCUUUAUCAAAAUCCGUGAUGAACUCUGCAAGAAUGGGGAGAUCCUGUUAUCACCAGCCCUCAGCUACACCACUAAACAUCUUCAUAAUGAUGUGGAAAAAGAGAAGAAGGAAAAACUCCCAAAAGAAAUGGAGGAAGACAAACUGAAAAGGGAAGAGGAGAAGAGAGAAGCUGAAAAGAGUGAAGAUUCUUCAGGAGGAUCCACACUGUCUAGUUUACACAGGACCUACAGCCAAGACUGCAGCUUUAAGAACAGCAUGUAUCAUGUUGGAGAUUAUGUAUAUGUGGAACCUGCGGAAGCCAAUUUGCAACCUCAUAUAGUCUGUAUUGAACGGUUGUGGGAAGAUUCAGCUGGAGAAAAAUGGUUAUAUGGCUGUUGGUUUUACCGACCAAAUGAAACAUUCCAUCUCGCUACCCGGAAGUUUUUGGAGAAGGAAGUUUUCAAGAGUGACUACUACAACAAAAUUCCCGUGAAUAAAAUUCUAGGCAAAUGUGUGGUCAUGUUUGUUAAGGAGUAUUUUAAGCUGUGUCCAGAAACUUUCAGGGAUGAAGAUGUCUACGUUUGUGAAUCACGUUAUUCUGCAAAGACGAAAUCUUUUAAGAAAAUAAAAUUAUGGACUAUGCCAAUAAGUUCUGUACGGUUUGUCCCUCGAGAUGUGCCCUUGCCUGUGGUUCGGGUUGCAUCCGUCUUUGCUAACACAGACAAAGUUGAUGAAGAAAAACAUACUGAAACGUUAGAGGAAAACAAAGUGGGAGACCAUGUCCUUAGCCUUGAAAAGGAUAAAGAAGAUGUUCCAGUAGAAAUGCCUAAUGGAGAACCUGGCUGUCAUUAUUAUGAACAACUUUGUUACAAUGAUAUGUGGCUGAAAGUUGGGGAUUGUGUAUUCAUAAAAUCACAUGGCUUAGUUCGACCGAGAGUUGGCCGAAUAGAAAAAAUGUGGGUGAGAGAUGGAGCUGCAUAUUUCUUUGGGCCAAUCUUUAUACAUCCGGAAGAAACUGAACAUGAGCCAACUAAAAUGUUUUAUAAGAAGGAAGUUUUUUUGAGUAAUCUAGAAGAGAGUUGUCCCAUGACUUGCAUUUUGGGAAAGUGUGCUGUGUUGUCUUUCAAAGACUUCCUAUCCUGCAGGCCAACUGAGAUUAAUGAAAAUGAUGUUCUUCUCUGUGAAAGCCGCUAUAAUGAAAGUGACAAACAGAUGAAGAAAUUUAAGGGACUGAAAAGAUUUUCUCUCUCAGCAAAAGUAGUAGAUGAUGAAAUUUACUACUUCAGGAAGCCCAUAGUUCCUCAGAAGGAGCCAUCUCCACUGCUUGAAAAGAAAAUUCAGCAGCUAGAAGCAAAAUUUGCUGAACUGGAAAGAGGUGAUGAAGAAAUGGAAGAGAUUGGAGAAGAGGAAAAUGAAGUUGCAGAAGCUCCAACUAUUCCUCAGCUUCAGACUCCAUUGUCGAAUGAACUAGACAUAAUGCCAUAUACACCACCACAGUCCACUCCCAAGUCUGCCAAGGGUAGUGUAAAGAAGGAGGGAUCAAAAAGGAAGAUCAACAUGAGCGGUUACAUCCUAUUUAGCAGCGAAAUGAGAGCAGUUAUCAAAGCUCAACACCCAGACUAUUCUUUUGGAGAGCUCAGUCGUCUUGUUGGAACAGAGUGGCGAAACUUGGAAGCAUCCAAGAAAGCAGAAUAUGAAGAGCGGGCAGCUAAAGUUGCUGAGCAGCAGGAGCGAGAGCGAGCAGCACAGCAACAGCAGCAGAAUUCUUCCCCCCGGGCAGGGACUCCUGUGGGGGCACUUAUGGGGGUGGUGCCGCCACCAACACCAAUGGGGAUGCUCAAUCCGCAGUUGACACCUGUUCCAGGCAUGAUAGGUGGCUAUCCACCAGUGCUACCACCUUUACAAGGCCCAGUUGAUGGCAUUGUUAGCAUGGGCAGCAUGCAGCCACUUCACCCUGGGGUGCUCCCACCCCACCAACUUCCACCAGGCAUGCCAGGCAUCCCACCUCCGGGUGUUAUAGGCCAAAAUGUUUCUUCCAUGGUAGGAGCCCCAGCCCCAGGAAGUCCAUUUGGACAGCAGAUGGGUAUCCUUGGCCCUCCAGGCCAACAGGCACCGCCACCAUAUCCUGGUCAGAAUCCCACAUCUCAGCAGGUCAUUCAGCAGCCUACCACUCCUAUGUUUGUAUCCCCGCCACCAAAGACACAGCGACUUCUUCACUCUGAGGCUUAUCUAAAAUACAUUGAAGGUCUAAGUGCUGAUUCAAAUAGCAUUAGUAAGUGGGACCAGACCCUUUCAGCACGAAGGCGUGACGUCCAUCUCUCAAAAGAGCAAGAAAGCCGUCUUCCUACACACUGGUUGAAGAGCAAAGGGGCCCAUACAACAAUGGCGGAUGCACUGUGGCGCCUUCGAGACUUGAUGUUGAGAGAUACUCUUAAUAUCCGUCAAGCAUACAACAUAGAAAAUGUUUAACUUUUUGAUACCAACAUAUAAAGAGUUUGUGGAACAAUAGCAGUUUUAGUUAUUGGUGGGGGUGGGCAAACUGUUUUUAUUGCAUCUUACUGUACAUUGCAAGAUUUUUUUAUAUAAGGACACUUUUAAUAAGUAUAUUUCACUUUUUGUUAUAUUACGUUGACUUUUCUUAAAAAUACAGACUUGUGCAUAUGGUUCUUUCUCUCGGAAGAUGAUCUCAUAUUUGGUUAUAAAUGCAAAACAAGGUUUCAUCCCUUUCUUUACUCUGAAAUUUCUGAUGCCAUUGUUUUUUUAAAAAAAACAACGGAAGUGUGUUUACAGUUUUGUUCAGAAAAAUGUGAAAUCGCUCCUGGUUUACAUCUUAGCAGAAUGAGCACCCAUGUGCUUGUGUUGUAGUUGCUUCUGGCAGAGACAUCACAUGAACUAAAUUUACUUGCUCUAAAUAAAACUGUUGGGCUGUGGAGAGGAUGGGAAUCAAGUUCAUAAAUGUAAAUCCUUAAUUGUGUAGCUGUUCUGAAGGGCCCAGGAGCAUGAUAUAAAAGGAGAGAGAAAAUGUCAAAGGGGUAUCUUUGGAUACACUAUCUUCUGUUGGUACUGUAAGUUCCAGUUGUUUUUGUAAAAAUGUUUAUAUUGGGAGUAGAUCCAUCAACAAAAAUAUGAAUGUUUGCAUGUGCUGCUAGCAGACAUUGACAUAGGGAGACAGCAUAUCUGUACUGCACUUCUCUAGUCUGAGAUUUCCAUUCAUCACCAAAGGCGCUCCUUUAGGAAGGAUUUAGAGGAAAUGUACAGAUGUUUCGAUUUUGUUGUCUUAAGAUGUUUCAGAUUCUGGCAGGAGAUGCGAUCUCCUUUAAUCUCCAAAUCAGUAACAGAACAUGCAUAUAUUAAAAAUUAGAUUCUCAAAGGUGCAAGGCUUUAGCUGCCAGUAUGUAGAAUUUGACAUUUUCUAUCGCCAGAAGCAGAACUGGACAUUUCAUUCUUUUGUACUGUUUUAAGUCAAUAUUGCAAGUCUGAUGCAGAUUUUUAACUCUGAAUUUGAAAGGUAAGUAACAAGGUAUUUGGAAAGGACUCUUGCAUUUUGAAAUAGUUGUUCUGUUAAUGAUUUGGUAUAUAGUGUGCUAAAAGUUCUUUUAUACACUGAAAAAAAACCCAUUGUAAUCCAGUUGUCAAUUUUAACAUGCACAAUUCAACUGGAUUGCAAUGCUUAUGACAACAAAGUGUAUAAUAAGGUUUAUAAAUGGAUGAAUCUAUAUAUCUCUAUAUAUAGAAUCAAGUGCUUAAUUUUAAAAAUAAAACUUCCAAGUAAAUUCCUUGGGAACACAGUCUUAGGGCAUUUGUAUUGUAGUAUUUGUCUUUAAUGCUGGUUUGCAAUCUGGAGACUGUUUAUAGGCAUGUCUGAAGGCCUUUGACCUUUUUAAUUUUCUUCUGUUAACAGAUGCCGCCACCCCACCCACCCACAUGGAAGUUAAUUGUACAAGUUGUCCAGUGACUUACCUAGGUGCACUAUGGGAUUUCCUAGUUUCAUGGCCUUUAGCUGUUAGUUUACAAAAUUAAUAUUAGGGUAGUUAAUACAGCAUUAAGUUAUGACAAAUAUUGGAAAGGCUCAUCAGUACAGUUCAGUUUAUAAAUGACAUAGAUUUGAAGAAGUUUCUGCUAACCAAGAUAAACCUGGGAUAAUGAGAUUCACAUGGUAUUGUGGUGGUGUGAUCCUUAUUUUGAUUACAGGGUAAUUCGGUAAAUAUUUGUUACCAUAUUUGGUUUUGGAGAAUGAAUGGUUUGCCAGUAAAAGUAACCUUCAUUGGACCAACUGUUAGUGUACUUAGUGAAAGUUAUAUUUCCUUACCUAUUUUAAUGCAAACCUAGAAAAUGUAAAUUGCAUGUAAACUUAAUUGACAGUUUAUGGUCUCUUUCAAUGGUACUGAACAAUGAUGUAUUAUGUCAACGGCAAGUAACAUCUUUAACAUGCAAGCCCAAAAUUUUCAAGUUUUCAAAUGAGGUACUAAAUGUAAAAUAUAAAUUAACAUUAUAGGGAGGAAAUGUUUUUGUCCAUAAAUUCUACAGCUGAGCAGUCUGUGUAUACAUUUGUGGCCCCUUGAUAAUAUUUUAAAACAUGAUAGCUACCCAAAAGUGUUGCUAUACCAAGGUCUGUGCAGGCACCCAGAGGUUUUCCUUAGUUUUGUACUAUCUUCCAGCACCAAACCAGUUCACACUGGGAGAUCCUCAAGUGAGUGCAUGAGUGCUUUUCUGGAUCGUGGCCAGUAUAUUUGACAUUACCUCAGACAUUGCAGUUGUCAACAAGGAAGGCAGCAAGAAAAAAGGAAGCAAGUUUGAGUUCUUUUUAGUACUUAGAACCAUCAUACCUUUACUAAUACAAUCAUUUUGUAAGCAUUGCAAAAAUUACACCAAAGAACCUGAAAUUUAUUUAUUUAUUAUUUAUUUUUAGAAAUACUUCUUUUAAAAACAGGAAGACACCUUUUUGGAAGCUAUACAUGUCAGAAGGAUCAGUGUUGAAUAAUCUGCAGCCUUGUCUUUCCAGGCUUUCAAGCUAAGGGCAGCUUUUUACCACUCCUAGUGGACCAGGAGUAAACAAUUAGAACUGUAAAUGAGGCAUUAGCCUUUUCUUUAUGGCGGUGCAGAGCACUGCUGCUAGACCAUUAGGCUGGCCCUAAUUAUUUUAAUUUAUUCCAAAAUCAUGUAUCUGUGUACUGGAAGCAUGUCAGUGACACAGGGUUUAAGAUGUGGUGGCUACAAUCCAGUAUUGCACAACCAGCUAACAGAACUCUAUCCUAAUUAUAAAUUGUUCAAGAAAACAAAUUCUGUCUUCUUUGUGGCCAUUUGAACCCACUUGUUGUUUUCCACAGCCACACACUGUAUUAGAACAAAAGGACUUUGACGAUGGAAAUAAAAGUAUGGGAAGUGGUUAGUUUGUGUGAGUGGAAAAUAUAUAUUUCAUUAAACCAAUUGGAAAUGCUCAUCUCCUACUCCUUAUUCCCUGCUCUUUUCUUGAAGAGCAGUUUGUUUGUGUAAUAAUUGAUAUUCAUAACUUUUCAGCAUAUGUGCUUUUGGACCUGGUUAAUCCAUGCCUCAUUUUUACUCCUGGUUGUAUACUCCAUUGAGUAAAGUGGUAACUAGUCAAUGUGCAUGUACUAUCAGUUUGUUUUUCUGAGGCCUUUAAUUUAAAUAAAAAUAGUUUGCAGUUUGGAUUAA